GCGGGAGAUUUGUGCUAGCGGUGGACCCGUUUUUUGUUUGUUUGUUUACACGAAGACUAAACAGCAAUGGCUGAAAACGCCUUUCCCGUUCACCCCGUGGAUGUGGUCGUGAGGUUUUACAAAACAGAAGUCCUUCUUGGCGAAGAAGCAAAACAUUUCAACAAGAGCGAUCUUGCUCCGUCUCCAAAGCCAGAAGCAGUGCAAUUACUCUACAUGCGAGUACUGCAUCAACUCUUUCCUUUCAGAGCUGAAUACCACUCAAUGGUUACAUUUGUGGAAAACAUUCAGUCCCCUGAAUCUUACGAGGGGGCAACUGGCAUCCUCUGCAUCUGCUCACAAAUGCAGCAGUUUCUGCCCAUGUGUUUAGUGUAUGACUUCUCACUGAAUGACCUACUAGCACCAAAGAAACAGCGAACCCUUUCUAUUUUGAGUGCCAUCAUGAACUUUCUUCAAUUCAGAAAGCAGAGAAUUGAUGUGAUGUCAGCAAAGGAAGCAAAGUUUAGGGCGGCCUUAGGCAUGCAGCAGACUCUUGCCACAGGAAACCUGGAAGCAGAAAAAAAAAUUAAAAUGCUGAGGACCAUUCCACCAGAGCAACAAGCGGAGGCUGCUAAGCUGGAAGCUGCCCUCUCGGAACUGCACGCUACCACCGCACCUUUGUUAAACGAAGUAAAAAUUAAAGACGACGCGAUUACAGAGUGGAAAUGUAGAAUCGCUGAGCUUACAAAGAAACUGGCCCACGUGAAGGUGGAUAUAAACACCGUGAAGGAGGACAUGAACAAAGUCAAGUCUCAAAUUGUUGAGUCGCCAGAGGAGUUGCAGAUCCAAAUGGAGAGAAUGAGGGAAAAUAUCAAUGACAUAAAAAGCUCUUUAGCAAAAACGUAUGGGGAUGUCGUGGAGCUUCAAAACAUGGUCCAGAGAAUGAACCACACCGACAUGGAGAUGCAGCAAAUGUACAAUUUGUUGCUAGAUCUGGAAAUCAGCAUGAAGGACAGAAAGCAGCAGGAUGAGGAGUACAAGCAGCUUGUUUCUCAGUGUGAGAAAAAGCAGAAGGAGCUGAAGGAGCUGUGCAAAGAGGAGGAGCUGCUUAAACGAACUCUUGACAAAAAGCUGGACCGGGAGGUCAAAAAUAACAUCCUCAGGCAAAAGAAGAAGGCGAUCAAGGAGCAACAUAUCAAUGAUGUGUUGGGAGAGUGGAGCCAAAUAGGUCAGAAACGUGAGGAAAAGGUAGAUGAAAUCCAAGGGCUUUCCAGAGAGAAUCAGCAGCUGAAAGUUGAGAUCCAGAGCCUGACAGGCACCUGCAGCCAACAAACCAAGAAAGCUCAGGCAAUGUAUGACACUCUGGCAACUGCUAUGGAUGAGAUGGACAGGAGAAUUGAGAUGAUGAUCUUAAAUAUAAAAGAAAAUGCCACUAAAAUGUUGGCAAGUUUCCAAUAAUCUUUCCAUUUAAAAAUG